AUGCGCAGCAAAGUUUCCAGUGAUCAACUUUUCUUUGAUCCCGAGAUCGAAAGAACUGCUAGGAGAUUGAACAGCAAAACACAAAGAAGAGCAAAAAUAGCAAAAGCAAGAGAUAACGCAACUGCGACUUCGUCACAAUCUUUAGAAACUAUUGACGAGUCGUCUGAUGGAUUUUACCUUCACGGACUAUUUGAAGAAGAUCAAGAAGCCAUCAUACAACACACUGCUGUAAACAUGGCCGCCACAGCUCCAUGUGCAAAUAGUCCUCGCCUCAAUCCAAAAUUCGCGAGGACUGCCGCCAACAGGCGGACAUCUGAAUUGAAGACCGGUAUUCUACAACUCAUCUGUGCUAAAGAUUGGUAUCUAGAUCAACCUGAAACAGUUAUGACUGAUUGGAACACUCUGGAAGAAAAAUUCUUGGAACGGUUUUACUCUCAAAACCGAUUCUUUGAUGCUAAAACAACAAUUGCAGUAUUCUCUCAAGGUAGUAAUGAAUCACUGAAUGAAGCUUGGGAAAGAUACAAAGCUAUGCUGAGGAAAUGUAAGGGACACGGAUUUGCGGAAGUCGAUCAAAUUCGUAUGUUCCACAACGGUCUUACACCUACAAAUAAGACACUCUUGGACGCCACAGCUGGUGGCUCGCUAAUAGAUAAGAAGCCGGGGUUGUUGGAGCUAACUAAUAGUGAUGCUCUACUUGCUCAGAACAAAUUGCUAACUUCAUAUGUGGAGCUUUUGACACAACAAAUGUCCAAACUUCCACAACAAAUCAAAGAGCCUAAUGGAGUUUCAAAUUCAUACCAAGUUGCUAAAUGUGAGUUAUGCAAGGGAGAUCAUCAAACCGGAUUUUGCCCACCAGUCUUGGCAGAAGAGGUGAACUAUAUGAACAACAACCAAGGACCGAGGCAAAAUCAAUACCCAAACUCUCCGCCGUAUCAACAGAAUUAUCCUCCAAGGAAUACUAAUCAGUCAAAUGCGACAUUCUCCGCCAACACUCAAGAGAAUCCUAAAGAGCACUGCAAAGCAGUUGUAACCAGAACUGGUCAGAAAAGUGGUGAGGAGGAAGUUGAAAUCAAUGAUGCCGAGAAGGAGGAUAAUAAUCGUGCUGCGGAAGAUGAGGAGAAUGAAAUCAUAGUGAGUGAUAUGAAUAAAGAUGCUGAAAGAGAAACAGAUGAGACCAAGAAGAAAAGAGAGAGGAUGGAGAAAAGAAAAAGUGCUAAGAAAAAGAUGUCAGAGAAUAAAAAGAAAUACACAGAUGAAAAGAUGGUGCUGCUUGAUGCCCAGUGUAGUGCCGUAAUCCAAAGAGCUACUCCAAGAAAGGAAUCCGAUCCAGGACGAGUCACCUUGCCAUUAAACAUUGGAGGUAACUUCACUGGUGAUGGGUUGAUUGAUCUGGGUUCUAGCAUUAACUUAAUCCCUUUAUCCAUUGUCAAGAAACUAGGGAAUAUUGUGAUGAAGCCUACUAAGAUGACAUUACAAUUAGCCGACAAGUCUAUCACUUCACCAUACGGAGUGGUUCAAGAUCUGCUAGUUAAAGUAGAUAAGUUCUUUUUUCCGGUGGACUUUGUGGUAGUAGACAUGGAAGAAGACCAUGAGAUGCAGCCAACCAAGAGAGGUCGCACAAAGACCGCAAGUACCGGUCCUCAGGGUGCCCAUCCUCGAGAACCCAACACUAGAUGA